CACACAGAUAUAUUUACCGUGGAAAUAACGUAUUUAAUCACACUAAACAUUUUGUCAAGGUGGAGAGAGGACAGCCGAACCGAGAGCAGCACAACAACCCGUCCAGCAAUAACUUUAAUAUGUCGAGGGGCGGCGGCAAUAAGGAUGACAAUAAAAAGCAGGGGGACAAGAACCUGAACCUGCUGGACAUCCGCUACCUGCUGGAGACGGUGGUCCGCGGGGUACAUACGCAGAUCAACAAGGUAACCACCGGGCCCCUCGAUGGGCUGCCGCUCUACCUGCACUACCGCUGCACCGUGUGGGCCAUGUUCGGGGGCUUCCUGGCCGUCUUUCAUUCCUGGUACCACAGGGACAACAUCGUCUGCGUGUCGCACUUCAACGCCGAGACGACGGUGCGGGAGGAGUACGUGAACGUGUGCCUCUCCUACCCGUUCCUGCAGUUGGACGGCAAGCGGCGGUACAUCCUCUUCUACCGCUGGGUGCACUGGUCCUUCCUCCUGCUGGCCGUCCUCUUCUACCUGCCUCGUAAGGUCUCAAAGAACUUGGAUAAUGCCAGAUGUAAAAAGCUUCUUGAAGACCUGAACAAAGAGGCCGCCACCUAUGAAGAGGAAGAGAGCAAAGUGGUCGACAAGGUCUACCGCUACAUGGUCUUCAACAUACGAACUCACGACGACGUCUACAUGAAGUACAUCCUUGUCAACGCGAUAGCGGUGGGGGUGGACAUAUGCACCUUCGUGUUCCUCAAUUUCGUGCUGCAGGGAAGGUUCAUCCUGUAUGGCUACAGGUCCUUCCCCUUCGACCGAGACCCGGAAAACUUCACCGACUUCAUGUCCCAAACGUUCCCGCCGUUCGUCUCCUGCGAGCUGACCGUCGCCAACCAGCUGGUGAACCGCCGCACGGAGAUGUUCGGGUGCCACCUCAUCUUUAUGGAGCUGUACGAGAAGAUCUUCAUGGGGCUGUGGCUGUGGCUCAUCGUCAUCAUGUCCAUCACGAUCUGCCAGAUUAUCUUCCUUCUCCUCCUGCAGGUGCCGAGUGUGCGCCUCCUGCUGCUGCGUUUCUCCAAGCCGGUUCACGCCACCACCAAGCGCUCCUUGGUCAUCGAAAACGUGGCGAGGAACAGUCGGGUCGGCGACGUGUAUGUCCUGUACCGCCUGGGACAGUACCUCAGCCACGCCCGGUUCUGGGACGUGAUGGUGCGUCUGGAGAACUCCCAAGCGUGCAAUUGGAGAAAGAGCGAGGAAAGUAACAAAGACAGGAUAAAGAACGAGGAAAGUAACAAAGAGAGGAUAAAGAACGAGGAGAGUAACAAAGCUAGAAACUUCACCUCGACAGAAAACCAAGAACAGAAGACGCAGAAAGUAAAAGGGCGCUCCAAGCCGCACAAGGACACCAUAGUCACAUUUCCCGAGGACAGUCCGCUGCUGAAGAAUGCCAAAGACUGAGGACUCAAAAAUCGGGUGACGGCGUCUGAGCGGUACCUCCCCUCCCCCGCAACGCGCUGCACGCCAGUCGCUCACUGUAUGAGUCCCGCGACCUUGCUAACGUGGGGCUUCUCAGGAUGGAAAGGAAGAUACAUUGAGUUGUGAUGGUUGUGCCCUUACUCUGACACACACACACACACACACACACACACAUUUGUAUCAUUUGGGUUCUUACUUAAGAUUACGCCUACUUAAGACAUCAUUGAAGAAUUACUGUAAAGAUAUACUACAAUUUCAUUAAAAUAUUACCGUUUACCGUUGAUGAGGUUUCAGGCCCUGCUCCACAGCCAGCGCAGCGUUCCGUUCGCUUCCGUUCACUUGAGCUGAACGUGCCCGAAUCCCGCUGCGGCCUGGCUUCAGGUCAGCCUCCAUGCCAGUGUCGUCAGAAUAGUUUCGUAGACACAAACAUUCCUUCAUAAGUGUUGCUGCAUCUUGAAUGGUAAAUGAAAUGGUAAGUAAAUGUUU